CGCGGCGGCCGCAGCCAUGGGCGCUGAGCCUGUGGGGGCGCACAGGGGGCGCGAGGCUCUGCCGGGCGGAGCUGACGCGACAGCCGCCGGGACUGGCCCUCGGCGCUGAGCCGCGGUGGGGUUCCCGCUUGCGCUGCGAGGGCCCUUGAGCGCGAGCGGGGCGCGUCGGAGGAGCCGGGCAGCCGCCGGCCGCCGGCCGCCUCGGGGGGGGGGCCCGCCUGGCCGCCUGGAGGAUCGAGAGGGUCGUGUGGGCACAUCUGAGGGUGCGUGGACCCCGCCGGGCACUUUUCAGGGGCCAGGGAGCGUCCGCAGGGGCCGCCGCACACCGGCGGGGGUCGAGCCCCCGGGGCGUCCCUGGAUGGCUGAGCUGCCCCCUUGUCGGCCGCCCGGGCGCCGCAGCGGCUGAGAGCGCUGGGAUCGCCGGGCCGCCGCCGCCCUCGCCGCCCCCUGCAUGCCCGGCGCCCGGGUCGCGGCCCACCUGGACGCGCUGGGCCCCCUGGUCCCCUACGUGCCGCCGUCGCUGCUGCCCUCUAUGUUCUACGUGGGCCUGUUCUUCGUCAAUGUGCUGAUCCUGUACUACGCCUUCCUCAUGGAGUACAUUGUGCUCAACGUGGGCCUCGUCUUCCUGCCCGAGGACAUGGACCAGGCACUCGUGGACCUCGGCGUGCUCUCCGACCCCGGCUCGGGUCUCUACGAUGCCGACUCGGAGCUCGAUGUCUUCGACGGUUACUUGGAGUAGCCUUGGCUCCCGACCUCCCCUCCCCCCCCUCCAACGACCCGCAACCCUCGGCCUGGACCUGCCUCCCAAAUCAUGCCGCCGCUGCUGAUUGGGGGCAUCGUGUGGCCAGGGAUGGGACCCCCCAGGACGAGGCCCUCGCUGGCCUCCAAGACCUGCCUGCUUCCCCCAAGAGCUCCGUGCCAACAGAGAGGUUUCCGUCCGGACCUGGCAGAGAGGGGCAGAGAGAUGGAGACUGAGAGCCAAGGCCCAGAAGGCCUGUGCCCCUGUCCCCUCUCCCCUCUGGGAAAGGCAGGGGCGGCCGGAGACCUCCCCGCCCGCCCACAGUGUCGCACAAGCGGCCUUGCCUUGGCUUCCGUCCUUUCGCCCUUUCGCAGCAGCAGCGACGGAUGUUUACAGGAACCCAGCCAGAGUCUGCCUCCCCGCUCUUCACCCUCUUCACCCCUGCCGGCUCCUGCUUCUCCACACCCCGUCUCCCGCCAGGAUGCUUCACGCUGCGGACACGACACGACUUGCUGCGAAAGCCGCUCGCGGCUCCCGGUCAAGGCCAGCGGAGCCCCAGGCCCGGCCGGAUUUGGCCCCGAGGCUGGUCUUAGAUGCAGUGACCAUGUCAGGGAGUAAGUCAGAGGGGAAAGAGGCCAAGGGACGCGGCGGGGGCUGAGGCUCGGUCCAACUUACUCAUUUCAAGUUACUCGUUCUGCAAAAAAGGUGCCAGUACUGAUACAUCAUGGCGGGGGAGCGCCUCGCUGCUCCACUGGCCAGAAAUAGUUUUGAAAAUGGGAGUGGCAGGAAUACUUGAUGUCGAUAAGCCUGUGAAAGCAAUACUUAGGAAGCUGACUUCUUUCAAUUAAAAAAUGUACGCAACUAACUCCA